AUAAAGACCAGGAUGUUGAUAACUCACGCUAUCUAUGCCAGGGAUCGACACUGUGGCUACUGCCAUGGCUCUAAGCACAGUUCGAUCUCAAUGGGGUUCCAGUGCGAGAAGAUGUCCGUGGACGAGUACGACAAGCUCAUCAACAUGGGAUUCAGACGGUCCGGGACCUUCAUCUACAAGAGCGACGUGCUGCGCACGUGCUGUCCCAUGUACACCAUUCGUACUUCGUACGAGCAGUUCAGAUGGACCAAGGAACAUAAACAUGACGUGAGGAAGUUCCUGAGGGCGUUGGACGUUGCCAAAAGCGAGACCAUGUCGUACGAGGAGGUGCUGGACAGCCUGGACCAAUUGACGCCAGAUCUGGCGAUCAGAUGGGAGUCCAACGAGUACUCAGACGCUAAGUACGCUCUCUUUGCGAAGUACCAGCGUGGUGUGCACGACGACGACGAGUGCUCCCCCAGUGGCUUCAAACAGUUUCUCUGCGACUCGCCGUUGUCCAACUCCUCAGUUGCCGAGCUGAGAGGCUCAUUGCACCAAUGCUACUACUACAAAGAGCAGCUCAUCGCCAUUGGUGUUCUUGACGUGCUUCCCUCGGGCUUGUCGUCCGUCUACUUCAUGUAUGACCCUGACUUCAAGUCCAUGGCACUGGGAAAGAUCUCUGCACUGCUUGAGAUGAGAGAGACAAGGACAAAGCUGGCUCUGGAAUACUACUACAUGGGAUACUACAUCCAAGACUGUGCGAAGAUGAAGUACAAGGCCAAGUUCGGCGGCGAGCUGCUGAAUCCACUGGACAACAGAUAUGUCGGCUUCCACCAGCGUGUUGGAUUCUGGUGCUUCAACGGCCAGGAUGAGGACAUCUCCUCAACAUACCUCCAGGCUGAAACCUCGCGCACAAGACAGGCCGUCAGAAUGCUUAGCAGGCUUGGAAUCAGCUACCACGAGGAGCCUUCCACACGGCUGGAGUUCCCCACCGUGGUCCCAGGCCUCGUCCCAUUGGACAGAGUCAUCCCUGUUCUUCCUUUACUGGACAUAACUGUUGCACAGCAACCAGGACACCCAAUCAAGGUGCCGUUCCUGGAGCUGAGGCCUGAGUAUCAACGAGUGACAAUUGACCUGUACAGGCUGCUUGGACCGGAGCUGUACGACUCAGCAGUGCUCGUUUAGAUAGAUAGAACAGGCCAUAGUAUGUAGGAGCGCAGUAUACGGUGUGAAGUAUGUGGUGUCUGGAUGUAGCUGAGGCGGGGGGGGGGCGUGCCCCAGAUUAACUUCCUAAUCGGGAAGGGGUUAUGAGCGCGGGCACACCCGCACACCAUGCUGUAUAUACUCACUGGCCCAGCCGGGCCCAAUUAUCAACGAAGAACACGCCAAUUGAGCCCAGUGGAGGUCUGUGGAGUCUUGUGGAGGUUUGGCUGGUGUUGCUGGCACACCGGGGGAGGCUGCUGCCCAACAAUUUGCCCCCC